AUGGAGAAUAAGAAUAAGAAUAAGAGUAGAGCUUGUCUCAUUUGUAACAAAUCAUUUUUUAAUGGGAAAGCUUUAGGAGGCCACAUGAGAUCUCACUCAUCUGGGUUAUCAAUCCCUCUAAAACCUUCAACCAACAUCCAAGUGUCGCAGUACUCAUCCGAGACAAUAAGAGAUCCAACUAAAUCGAUCUCUGCAUCUUCUUCAACAACUCGCAAUCCUAAAGACGUCCAUAUACACAAUCUUCGAUCUCAGAAAAGAAACUUCUAUUAUACUCUACCAAAAUUUGGUAGGUAUAAUCAAUUUAAGUUUUAUCCAAAAUACCCAACUCGAAAAAGAUCAAAGUGCAAUCGUAGAAAAAAAUGUGUGUUUAAAGAAAAAUAUGAGAAUACAAAAUUUAAUGUGGCUGAAGAAAAAGAAAAGAACGUGGGUGAAGAAAAAGAAGAGAAAUCACUAAUUAAUGUGGCGGAAGAAAAAGAAGAUAAUACACAAUUUAAAUUAGUGUAUAAUGAUUGUGAUAUAGAAGCUGCAAAAACAUUAGUUGUUAUUUGUGUGAAAGAAUGGCAACAAAUUGAGAAGAGAAACUAUGAAGAGAAGAAAAAAAUGUAUGAAAAUUAA